AUGUCGAUUCUGCUUUUGGCAAUCUGCCUUCAAUACAUUUGUCCGUCUGGAGCGUCCAAGCCUCUAAUCAAUGUCGUCUGGUUUAAGUGCACAGAUCUGCGCACGCAUGACCACGCCGCACUAAAAGCAGCACAUUCAGACAAGUUGCCAGUCUUGCAUCUCUACGUCUUUGAUCCAUUCUGGUAUGAGGGCAAGACGCGUCUCUGCAGUUUCCCCAAAACUGGAGUUUUGAGGACUCGGUUUCAAAUAGAGGCACUUGAAGAUCUGGCAAGCAGGCUCCAGUUGAAAGGCCAUCGACUCAAUGUGCGUACGAACGUGUCCACGGCCGAGUGUUUCAGGGAGCUUUGCAAGGACUACGACAUCAAUGCAGUCUUCGCAUUCCAUGAGAUUUGCAGCGAAGAGCUUCGAAUUCAGCGGCAGGUUAAAGAUGUGCUCCAUGAAAAUGGUGCCGGUUCACUGCAGCUGCACUGGGGGUAUGAGCUGCUUCACCAUGAUGACCUGCCUUUUGAUACAAAAGACCGAGGAGCAUUCAAGGAGAUUGAGAUUUUUCUUGGGCGUGUGAAAGGUGUUUCUCCAAGGCCAUCUGCUUGGCAACAGCCUGACUUUGUAAAAGGUCCUGAGAAGGCGGUUCACUGGCAAAGAGCACGCAAGAACAUUCCGCGGGCAGAAGAGGUCCUGGGGAACAAUUAUGUGCCAGCAGAAGACCUGUUACUAGAGUUCCGUUGGCAAGGAGGGGAGACUGCUGCGCUUGCGAGGAUGCAGGA